CGGCGCGCCCGUCCCGUCCCGUCCCGUCGCGGCGCGCCCCGUCGCGGCCAUGCCGCUGCGGCCGCCGCUCUGCCUGCUCGCCCUCUGCAGCGCCGCCGCCGCCGCGCACGGUGGGAUCUGCUGGCUGCAGCAGGGCAAGGAGGCCAAAUGCACCAUGAUCCUGAAGACGGGCGUCACCUGGGAGGAAUGCUGUGCCAACGGCAACGUGGACGUGGCCUGGUCUAACUACACCUACCCCGGGAACAAGAUCAGCCUGCUGGGCUUCCUGGGGCUGGUGACCUGCCACCCUUGCAAAGAGAGCUGCGAGGGGGUGGUGUGCGGCCCCGACAAGGUGUGCAAGAUGAAGCAGGGGCGUCCCCAGUGCGCCUGUGCCCCGGACUGCUCCAGCCUGCCCCACAAGCUGCAGGUGUGCGGCUCGGACGGCUACACCUACCGCGACGAGUGCGACCUGCUGACGGCCAGGUGCAGAGACCACCCCGACCUCCAAGUGAUGUACCAGGGCAAAUGCAAAAAGUCCUGCUCCAGCGUGGUGUGCCCCGGGACCCACACGUGCCUGGUGGACCAGACGGGCAGCGCGCACUGCGUGACGUGCCGCGCGGCGCCCUGCCCCGAGCCCGGCAGCCUGGACCGAGCCCUCUGCGGCAACAACAACGUCACCUACCCCUCCGCCUGCCACCUGCGGCGGGCCACCUGCCACUUGGGCCGCUCCAUCGGGGUGCGACACUACGGGAGCUGCUCCGCUGCAGCCAAGAUCUCCCUGGAGAUGGACAACACCGACGGAAACUUUGUGUGAACCUCCUCUUUGCCAAGAGGCCAGACCCAGGAGACGAGGGCAUUAUGUGUAUAUUGUACAAACCAUAUUCCUGAUAUUUAUUGAGAAAAAAAAAUCCCUAUUUAUAGCUGUGUAUGUUAUGCAGUUGCAGGGGGCCCGAUUCUGAGCCCCGCCAGCCGGGAGGAGGGGCGGAUGCUCCCGACGCUGGUGCCCGCCGCCGGCGCGGGAGCCCUUCCCGACACAGCACCAGCCCCGCUGCACCGCGUGUCCUUGGCCGCCGGCCCCGGGCUAUUUAUUUGUGGAUGGAAUUUGUGGUACUCUGCUGAUGUUCCUGGCCGGACCUUGAUGUCUAGUGGGAAUCCACGCGUUAUCUUUCACUGGAGCGGUUCAGCUGCAGCUGCCAGCAGCAGGAAACGCAGCACAGGGCUUCAUCAGAUUUGAGAUAGAUAUAUUUAUAUAUAUAUAUAUAUAUAUACAUAUAUAUAUGUAUGCUAUUUUUUUCUCUAAAGUUUUAACAUAUAUAUGUUGAAACUAGUUUUAGUUUAGGUUUUCCCAGGCAUGUCCAAAGCAGGCUCGACCCUUUCUGGGAGCCGAUGCCCUGGGGAGGCAGCGGGGCCGCGAGGGUUUGCGCCAGGCUGCUCCAGGCAUCCAGCCCCUUCCCACAGCCUGGGCGCCCAGAGCAGCAGGUCUGGCCCCUGUCCACCUCCCCCAGCCCUGCUCUGUCCACCUGUCUGUAUUUAUUUUUAUUCCUCUCUCAUUUUGUGUGUGUUUUGCAACCUGUGUAAAUACCAUCUCAUCUCUGACACCAAGAAACUAUUGCCUUUAUAUAAAUACCAUAUAUAUAUAAUAUAUAUAUAUAUAAAUACCUAUUUUCUAUUUUUAUACAAUUCUGUUCCAAUUCCUGAGGCAGACACUAUGGGGACAUAUGCAUUUCCUAUUCUGCACUGUUAGGGGCGUUUUACAGCUGUGUUACGAUUUGGAUUAUAAUUAAAGACAGAAUAAAAGGU